GGAUAAAUACAGCUUGUCAGAAAAGGAGACACCAGCCAGGGAGAGAGAAAUGGAGGUAAUGAUAGAAAAAAUAGAGAAAAUGGAAAGAGGAUUCGGAGCAAUGAUAAAGGAAAUAAAAGGGAUAUUCGAAAAGCAAGUGGAGGAGAUGAAGAAGGAAAUGAAAGAGGAAAGGGCAAGUAGUGAGACAGAGAGAGCCAGAGGGAGAGAAGGGUGGGAAAGGGAAAAGAAGGAACUAUUGGGCAGAAUUAGAAGAAUCGAGGAGGAGAAGGACAGAGCAGAAGGAGAGAAAAGAAGAAGGAACAUAGUAAUCAAAAGAGUAGACUGGAACGAAGGAAGCAAUGAAGGGACAGUAAAGGAGUUCAUAAGAGAAAAAAUGAAAAUAGGGGCAGAAAUAGAAAGAACACAUAGGAUAAGAGUGGGGGACAAAAACACAAUAAUAGUGGCGAUGAUGAAAUCAAUGGAGGAAAAAAUAAGGGUAAUGAAGGAGAAAGGCAAAUUGGAAAAGAGAAUAUACAUAGAUGACGAUCUGACAAGAAAGGAAAGGGAGGUACAGCAACAAAUAAAAAGAAUAGGUUAG